GUGCUCUUCUCAUCCAUAGUUACGUCGCCUCCAGGUUGCGUAUCCAGGGUUUCAGUGGCUUGAACCCCGCCAAUUCAUUUCCUUUGAAGCUUGGCUUUUCCUAAAAAAUGUCCCACGUCCACUUCCGCUCCCAAUUCCGAAGCUAUAGCUUCGGAUCCGGCCGCAAAAUGUCAUCAGGAAGCGCCGGCAACGGCAACAUCAACGGCCCGAGCGAGCAAACCUCACUCCUGGGCUCUCAUCGGGCAUCAUCCUUCUCCGGUCUUGGGCCACACGAGCAGCAGGAGCAUGGACAUCAUCACCAUCACCCGAAGGAUAAUCGCGUGUGGGUGGCGUGGCCUAUGCAUGUCGUGCGUUUGACGUGGAAGACUCUUGUGCGGGAUUACGUCAAUCUGCUCCUUUUCAUGGUGCCGCUGGGCAUUGUUGCUGGUGCUCUAGGAUGGGAUUCGACGGCUGUUUUUACGUUGAAUUUCUUUGCUAUUAUUCCGCUUGCUUCGCUGCUUAGUUUUGCUACUGAGGAGUUGGCUGCUACUAUGGGUCAGGCGCUUGGUGGGUUGAUGAAUGCUACUUUUGGGAAUGCUGUUGAGUUGAUUGUCAGCAUUGUUGCUCUUAAGGAUAACCAGGUCCGCGUUGUCCAGGCUAGCAUGCUCGGUAGCAUUCUCUCGAAUAUCCUCCUCGUGCUUGGCUGCUGCUUCUUCAUCGGUGGCCUGCGCUUCCGCGAACAAACCUUCAACAGUACCGUUGCAUCGACCAUGUCCUCCCUCAUGGCUGUGGCAUCCGCCUCGCUCAUCAUCCCGGCAACCCUCUACGCAGCAAUCUCAAACGGCACAACCACCAAGCCCGGCGAGAACGCCACAAGCCCGGACGAUAAUGCGCAGAAGAACAUCCUCAUCCUCUCGCACGGCACGUCCAUCAUCCUCCUUAUCAUCUACGUCAUGUACCUCUACUUCCAGCUGCGCUCACACGCCGACCUUUUCGAAGAGACGACCCCCAGUGAUGCCGAGAACGGCGCCGCCGAUGAAGAAGAAGAGGAAGAAGAGCGCGUGUUGAACCCCCUGGGCUGCGACUGUUGCCCUGGUCGUCGUCACCAUCCUCGUUGCCAUCUGCGCCGAUUACCUCGUCGGUAG